AAAUAACCAUAAUUUGGAAAUAAUUAUAAUUAAGUCAACAACAUUGAACAAAUUCAUUCACAAGAAGAAAUAUAAAGAACGACAGACACCGAACAACAAGGAAAUAUAACAAUAAACCCCCUUUCCAAAAAAAAAAACAAAAGAACUAUUUAAAUUCCACCCAAAAACCCAAUCCAGCAGAAGCAGCAGGCAGCAGCAACCAGGAAAUUCUUUAAAACACACCACACACCAACAGAAAGCAAAAAUGAACGAACAAUAUUCAAUAAAACUGUUGCCGUUAGCGGCUCUACUAGUCAUGAGUUGUCUGCAAUUUGUUAAUGUAACAGCACAAUCGAAUUAUGUGCAACAUGGUGAUAGUGGAAACUAUACAACAAAUGGUUUACCCGAGGAAGCCACGCUCGAUGGAAAGGUUACCAAACUAGACGAUAUUAGUCCUUUGAUUUUUUUAAAUCGUACAAAAGCAGCCCUUAACUGUGCAGCCGGUUCUAUGCAGGUUGAUAUGAAAUUUAAUGAACCCUUCCAUGGUAUUAUACAAGCUGAUUACGAUCGUAGCAGUGCUUGUCGCGUUAAUGGUAAAGGUGCAUUAACUUAUAGAUUGGAAUUGCCAUUGAAAGGAUGUGGCACUCUGCAGAAUCCAACACGUGUUUUUACCAAUAAUAUCAUUGUACGUUUUCAUGCCAAUUUGGAAAUGGAUGGUGAUGAGAUUAUAACCAUAGUGUGUCGUUAUCCACCACCCAUACCAUCACUGCCACCAGCAUUGCCAGCUCCUAUCUUAAAUCCCAUAGCUGCUGGUACUGUGAUCCAACCACCGCUGAAGGGCAUCCAAAUUCUUAUGAUUAUUUGUGCUAUUAUGUUCUUGACUUUAUUGUUGUUGGGUUUGGCCGUUUCAUAUUAUUGCUUGCGUAGCCGUCCUAUACCAGUGGUUCGUCGUCUUCCUAUGUCGAUGGGAAGUGGUUCAGAAAUUACUAAACUCAGUGGCAGUAGCUUGGGUGGUAUUGGAGACUUUGAAGGUGUUAAAAUACCCAGAGCUCAUGCUGCUUUAACUACGGUACACAGUUCGUCGGGUAGUGAAGGUGCUUUGAUACCUUCCGACUAUCCUAGCGAAUCACAUUCCGAAAUUGAAGAAAUCGAUACGAGAUCCCUGCCUUUCAGCUCAGCUGGAAGUUUCGAAAAUCGUGCAUUUGUCCAAGAGACUUCAAGCAUUUAUAGCGAUCAUUAUGGUCAUACACAAGAGGUACAGGCUGCCAAUGCGGUGGCUACUGCCAUACCUCGUCAUCCCAUUGCCAUUAAAGAAACAUCAUCGCCGAAAUUCGAUGUUCAAGUACGUGUUAAGAAAUCACCACCCCCACCACCAUCCCCUCAGACUUCCGAUACCGAAAGUGUGGCUACACUACGUCCCGAUCGCAAUAAUCUCUCUACAAUUAUGGAAACUCACGAAGAUCGCGAAAGUAUUAUAACCAUGGAAUCACUGCCCGGUCAAGAAGAAACUGUACACACACAAUUUGUCUACACACCCGAUAUACACUCUGCACCCCAUCACUCUGAAAUUACAGUGCCACCAACACCACAACCUGUGUUCUCCGUUUAUACUCGUACUCACCAUGAAGUGGUUGAUGGUCGUCCCGAAACCUGGUCUGAUUAUACCGAUGGCCCAGCUCUAAGUGAAAUUACCGACAUGACUUCUCGAGCACCCGAUGUACAUUCAGUGGCUGAAAUGGUCGAUAGUACGCACUUUGUUGAAACCGAAUACAUGCCACCAGAGCCACCAAUUGUCAUCAAGAAACCGCAAAUAACCUCUCACACUGUGGAUGAUGUCUAUUUGCGUACCAUCACUGAGAAGAAGACCAUUGAAGACAUUGAGUCGCAUAAGCGUAAGAUUACCGAAUACAAGGCUAAAGCUAAACCACUGCCUCCACCCAUACCCGAUCCAACCUGGGACGUUAAGAUACGUAAUUUCCCCACCGAACGUGAGCAGCAACAAUGGGAGAAUUUCUCGGAUAUUUCUAGCGUUUCUGGUCUAACUUUGACACCCAAAAUGGAAAGAUCCGAACUAUCAUUGCCGCCCAUGAAACACACUGAACUACCACAACAGAUCUAUGACAACAAGCUGCAAUUGACUAGUCCCCAAUUGGUGGGUAAUAUGAAACCCAUUGAAAUACCACCAGCCGAUAAGGCCGUACCCAACUGGGAUGUGUUGAUAAGAAUCUUGGAAGAACCAGAAAUGUCAGAGGCCGAUGAUGUUAGUUCCGUACACUCAAGUGUCAAUCCUUUAACACGCUAUCUCAGCUAUGAUGACAAGACCAAAUGGAAGGAAAUUAUUACCACAGAAUCAUCAUUGCGUACCAUGUUAACCGAGGCUGUGGUCAAGGAAGAUUUCGAACGUAUACGCUUGGAUACCAGAUAUGAACGUAUAUUUGAACCUCAAGCUUGGGAUGUUAUUAUACGCAUUUUGGCUCCACCCUCCGAUGAUGAAGGCGAUGUAGAGCUUAGAGGUCCUAAGCGCGGCAAGAAGAACCAACCUUGGGAUACACGUUCUAGGCGCAGCUCCCUACCAACGCUUUAUGAAUACGACAGUGAUGGUGGUUCUAGUGUACGCACUAUACGUAUGGAUCCCUCAAUGCCCAUCAAUCCCAAUGCUUUUAAUACACAACGUUCCAGAAGAUCUUCACGCACUUCUUACCACACCGAUCACAAUGAUUUCCGUUCCAUGUCCGAGGUGACCGUGGACUUUGGUAGAUUAGACAACAUGUCCAAUGCUAGCUCAUAUUAUCCCAUGCAAUAUGAUGACGAUGAUAUGUCUGAAAGGCGUUCUUUCCAUAGAUCGGUAAGUCAUCCUUCGUUGGCACGCUCAGCUAGUGAAUUUACCGAACACUGGGCUGCACCAGAGGAUAUGUCAUCGCCAGAGGGAACUCCAACACCAAGAAGAUCACAAAAAUUGACCACCUUCCAGCCACGUGGGGUACCAGCACCUCCACCACCACCCCGAGCCGGUCGUAUGGUGGCACAAACUCAAAGUGAAUAUGUGGAAACAAGACGUUCUUCAGCAUAUCGCAGCGAUGCUGAACCUAGACCCAGAGAAUGGUAGAUGCCGGUUCCCUACUCUGAAGAUGUAAAAAGUUAUUUAGCGGCAGGAACCGCUAGAUUUCAAAACAAAAAUGAGACAAACUUCCAGCUUACUGUUUUAAACAAGUUCUCAUGCUCUCUUAAUGCCUCUCUAUCUCUCAUAUGAGUCUUUAAAAAUGCUCUAGUUUUUACACUGGUCUUAAAUAAAUUUCUGUUUUUUAUUUAACACUCUCUUUCUCUCUCUCUCUAGUUUGCUUACAUCUUGCUUUGUUUAACAUUUUGCUUUGCUUUUUUUUAAUGCUACUUAUACACUGAGAGAAAAUUAUAUUUAUAAAUAAUUUUUAACACAAGUGCCAAUUGACUCAAAUUAUAAAAACAAUAAUAUUAUUUAA